AUGAUGAGUUGGAGCAGAGCGCUAGUCGUCGCUAUCAUUGAAAUUUCAUUUCUGUCGACAAUCACCAAACACUGCGAAGGAUGCAACGAAGCGAUUUGCGCCAGUGUCGUCAGUAAGUGUAUGCUUACGCAGAGCUGCAAAUGCGAUCUCGUUACAUGUACCUGCUGCAAGGAGUGUUUCUCUUGUCUUAGUUACCUUUACGACGAGUGCUGUUCAUGCGUAGAUCUAUGUCCAAAACCAAACAUAACGGACAAUCCAUUAAGCAAGAAGUCUCACGUGGAGGACUUUAGCGAGCCGAUGCCAGGCUUGUUCCAAGCGCUAACUGCAGAACCGGAUCCACACGAACGUUGGCUCACAUUCACAUUUCCGGUGGAUUUCGACAUGUCUUUAUUUACGCCAAAACACGACAAAGAAAUAAAAUACCAUAUGCAUACCGCUGACGAAGAGAUACAUCCAUUGAAACCAAACGUAAUGACAGUGAAUUGCACCGUUGCAUUUAUGGCUCAAUGUAACUCCUGGAACAAAUGUCGGGCGUCUUGCCAAAGCAUGGGUGCUACGAGUUACAGAUGGUUUCACGAUGGUUGUUGCGAAUGUAUAGGAGACACCUGUAUCAAUUAUGGUAUAAACGAAUCCAGAUGCAUACAUUGUCCUUUGGACAAAGAUGAAGACGACUUAAAAGAUCAGUACGACGAUUACGGCCAAGACGAAGAUGAUUUGGUGGAAGAAGAGAUCGAUUAAUAUUAUCGGUUCUUUCUUCAGCCUGUUUCUUUCAGUGGACUGUAUGUAUUAAAAUGUAUAAAAAUUUCAAAUGUCAUGGGUGAGUGCAAUCUCAGUGACGAUGAUACUUUCAUGAAUUGAAUUACAAACAGUGACGCCGUUUGUAUAAUACUUGUUUGUGAUACUCAUCGUUUCGACAUUAUGUGAAAAUUAACUUUACGACUGACGACUGUCUCGUCCUUUUAGAACGAUUUUCUACAAAAUAUGCGAUAAGUGAUGGACAUCGUUCCCUUUAAAAGGGAUCCGUUCGUUAGUAAAUAUAAUUUAAAUCAUUAUGUUCUGUAAGGCUGAAAGCAAUCGAUUGUCGAUACAUCUAAUGGUAUCGCGUUUGGAUUUAAUUAAGCAAACGCAAAAAAAAAAAUAACAAACAAAUUUAACGAUGUUUCGAACUGAUUGGCUUAUGGUGUGACUUCAACGGCAUAACAUGUAGUCUCAUUCCUCAUUCUUAAGUGUUAAAUAUGCAUGUAAGUAACUCUGCGGUGUCAAAUGUUUUAUUUUUUCUGUGCCAUAUGAAUCAAGUUGUACAUGUAUCGACUCAUUCAUAAUUAAUUGACGCGUAUCCGAUGCGUCAAUUAUUCAAACAAAACCUAUUGUCUAUGUUCCUCUAAUGUUUACUUCUCUAUAUUUUAAAAUGUUUGUAUUUUAAAAGGUUUUGUAUUGUAAAAUGUUUGAUCAAUGUUACGACGAUAAGAAGUUCUACGACUAUACGAUGUUAACAAGAUGACAGAGGUUACGCGCGUUAGAGGUGCGAAGACGACCAAUUUUGACCAAUGUUAUGGCGAUGAAAAGUUCUAUAAUUAUACGAUAUUAACAAAAUGACAGAGGUUACGCACGUUAGAGGAGCAGAGACGAUCUGUACGAUUGAUGAUAUUAUGCACACGCGAAUAAUUAAAUUGUAGAAAAUGUAAUUUAUACUAUAUGGUUUAAUACUGCAUUUGGUUAUACCAAUGUAUAAUAUUAAGAUAGUAUAAGGGUUCGAGUAGGAAAAAAUGUUCAAGUUUUCAAUUUCCAAUUCAUGUGGUUAUAUGUAAUAUAAAUAACAACAUAUUAGCAUAAUAUUGAUACUAAAAAUUGGAGAUUCCAUUAAAGUUUUAUCAUAUUGAACGAAGAGCGGAACUCGGAAAUGAAAUUACAUUGAAAAGAUACCGAUGAGCAAUUUUUCCUUGAAAAUUAUCGAUAGACUAGACAGGGAAAACGGAGCCAAUAUCAAAUGAUCGUCCAUAAAUAAACUAGCGCAGACAAUCAAAAAUCUUACAAUCAACUUUUAUAAACAGUUCUAUUUUGAAUAUAUUUCAUUCUUUGAACGAUUAUGUACCGAUUUAUCGCGCAAUAUAUUGUACAAACACACCCAUUCGACUCUACUUUAUAUUGAACAUCAAGUGCCGCGUUUUACGCGUAUUUUCAACGAUCACAUACAUUAAUUCAUAUACGCAUUAUUAACGCGCGUUACUGCAUUGCGAUUAUAAAUACAACAAAAGUUGCAGCAUUUGAAAGAAAAACACAAAACAUGUUUACAUACCACGUAUUUAUACAGGCGGAUGUUCGUCUUGCGUUUCAUUGCUUUCUGGCAAUUUAAUGAAAGGCAAAUCACUGCCACUCCACAUAGAAUAUAAUUGAGAUCUCGCGCAUUCCUGAAAUUAUUAAUGUUAUUAAUGUUAUUAAAUACUCGAUAAUCGUUUAUCGAUCGAAGCUAAUAUACAAGAACCACAAGUAAUAAUAAUAGCAACAAUUGUUUUAAACUGUAAUCAUGCAUUACCCCACCACCAGCGCUCUCGGAACCUGACCGACUAUAGGCUGAUAUGCAAGAAUCCGUCGAAGAACUGCUCUUACGUAAUGGUAGUGUAUCUACGGUACCUAAUGAGAAAGUCAAACGUUAUACGUGACUGACUUUAUUCAUUGCACUUAACGUGUAUACUUACCAAAUUCGACUUCUCUAUGAUCACUGUGCGAAUGAAUGCUAUCUUUGCUAUCUCCGUGACUACCACUAGUUCCACUUUGUUCUGCACAGCGUACAAUAAAUAAUUUAUUGCAAUUAA